UGAAAAUCAAGUAAAGUAGAAAUCAAUGGCUUGUGUUACUAAAUUGCAAGUUGAGAAUAAUGUGUUCCCAUCAAAAGUGGUGAAGCCUCCUAGUUCCAACAAUACCUUUUUCCUUGGUGGAGCAGGACAUAGAGGUUUGGAGGUUGAAGGGAAAUUUGUGAAGUUCAGUGUGAUAGGGGUAUACUUGGAGGAGAAUGUUGUUCCAUUUCUCGCGGCUAAAUGGAAAGGGAAAAGCUCUGAGGAGUUGACAUAUUCACUUGAGUUCUUCAGGGAUAUCGUUACAGGUCCGUUUGAGAAAUUCAUGCGAGUGACGUUGCUCUUGCCCUUGACUGGUAAGCAAUUCUCCGAAAAGGUGGCAGGAAAUUGUGUUGCCAUUAUGAAAUCAAUAGGAACUUACAGUGAUGCAGAGAGACUGGCUAUCGUAAAGUUCCUCAAUAUUUUCCAGAGUGAAACCUUCUCAUCUGGUGCUUCCAUCCUUUUUACUCAAUCAGUGGUUGGAUCAUUGACGAUUAGCUUCUCUGAUGAUGAUUCAGUUCCUGGAUCGGGGAAUGCUGUUGUAGAGAACAAACCAUUAUCAGAAGCAGUACUGGAAUCGAUGAUUGGCAAGAACGGAGUUUCCCCUGCAGCAAAGCGUAGUCUUGCUAAAAGAGUAUCAGAAAUGUUAGAAAAGAGCAAUGCUGAGGAGUCUACUUAGGAUUCGAUUUGAUGUUGUUAAGGUUGGCUGAGUAUACUAGACGAAUAAUUUAGCCUAGCUUCUGAGAGUGUGUUUCGAUAAAUAUUUUGAGUAGGAAAAUAACUUGAUGCCAAUAAGUGAUGGAAACAUUUCACUGUUUGUUGUG